AAGUGUCAGAUCCCGUUUCCAAUGCGUAAAUUAAACUGAAACCGCGCCUUCCGCUGCACCCUAUAUACAACCACGCUUUUAAUGACGCAACAUUAGCAGAUAACUACAGCUUCGUUGAUUAUUAUGAGAGCAUGCGUUCUAGUGUAGUCGCAUCUUUUGCAGUGCACGUAGUGUCACGGCGAUACUAGCCUACUUCGACAGAUGAGUUAAUGAUGAUGGGGACUUUUAUUACACUAGACUACUUACGAUCAAAACAAGGAAUUCUUAAGAUUGCUCAGCACGUGAUUCUUCUCGCCGCGUUCGCAUGUGUUCGCUCCACGUUGUACAACAACUUGCAUGCCUACAGGUUCUAUGAAGGGGUCACACUGGGUUAUGCUGUUGCAAUCUUCAUUUUCUUAUUCCUGACUGUCUUUGGGAUUCCGAAAAGGGUGCUAUUUGUGAACUGGGCUGUUGCUGAGUUUGUGCUCGAUACACUGGGAUUCAUCUUUGUCUCCAUUGGUUCCAUUGUGGCUGCUGUAAAAUCUUGUGAAGUCGAAUUUCUGGUUGCUGCCUCAGUGUUUGGUUUUCUGGCCUCACAUCUUUUAGUUUGUAGUGUGAUGCUGUCGUUUGUUGCCUCUCGCCACACACAACCUGUGGGUCCACCAAUACAAAACCACUGUCUGGAAGAUGGUUCAUAAGAAAAAGAAUUAUUCUGAAAUAUCACACCGCUUCCAAUAAAUGUCAACACUGAUGCAGAAAUAAAGGGCAACUACAGUUGAAGUCAGAAGAUUACAUACACCAUAGCCAAAUACAUUUUCACAAUUCCUGACAUUUAAUUGUUGAACAAAUUCCCUGUCUCAGGUCAGUUAGGAUCACUACUUUAUUUUAAGAAUGUGAAAUGUCAGAAUAAUAGUAGAGAGAAUUAUUUAUUUCAGAUUUUAUUUCUUUCAUCAUAUUCCCAGUGGGUCAGAAGUUUACAUACACUUUGUAUUUGGUAUUAUUGCCUUUAAAUUGUUUAACCUGGGUUAAACCUUUUGGGUUGCCUUCUACAAGCGUCUCACAAUAAGCUGCUGGAAUUUUGGCCCAUUCCUCCAGACAGAACUUGAGUAACCGAGUCAGGUUUGUAGACCUCCUUGCUUGCACACGCUUUUUCAGUUCUGCCCACAAAUGUUCUAUUGGAUUGAGGUCAGGGCUUUGUGAUGGUCACUGCAAUACCUUGACUUUGUUGUCCUUAAGCCAUUUUGCCACAACUUUAGAGGUAUGCUUGGGGUCAUUAUCCAUUUGGAAGACCCAUUUGCAACCAAGCUUUAACUUCAUGGCUGAUGUCUUGAGAUGUUGCUUCAAUAUAUCCACAUAAUUGUCCUUCCUCAUGAUGCCAUCUAUUUUGUGAAGUGCACCAGUCCCUCCUGCAGCAAAGCACCCCCACAACAUGAUGCUGCCACCCUCAUGCUUCAUGGUUGGGAUGGUGUUCUUCUGCUUGCAAGCCUCACCCUUUUUCCUCCAAACAUAAUGAUGGACAUUAUGGCCAAAAAGUUCCAUUUUUGUUUCAUCAGACCAGAGAAAAUUUCUCCAAAAAGUAAGAUCUUUGUCCCCAUAUGCUAUUGCAAACUGUAGUCUGGCUUUUUUAUGGCGGUUUUGCAGCAUUGGCUUCUUCCUUGCUGAGCAGCCUUUCAGGUUACGUCGAUAUAGGACUCUUUUUACUGUGGAUAUAGAUACUUGUCUACCUGUUUCCUCCAGCAUCUUCACAAGGUCCUUUGAUGUUGUUCUGGGAUCGAUUUGAACUUUUCGCACCAAACUACGUUCAUCUCUAGGAGACAGAAUGCGUCUCCUUCCUGAGCGGUAUGAUGGCUGCGUGGUCCCAUGGUGUUUAUACUUGCGUACUAUUGUUUGUACAGAUGAAUGUGGUACCUCCAGUCAUUUGGAAAACGCUCCCAAGAAUGAACCAGACUUGUGGAGGUCCACCAUUUUUUUCCUGAGGUCUUGGCUGAUUUCUUUUGAUUUUGCCAUGAUGUCAAGCAGAGGCACUAAGUUUAAAGGUCUUAAAAUACAUCCACAGGUACACCUCCAAUUUAGUACACCUCCUAUCAGAAGCUAAUUGGCUAAUUGCCUAAAGGCUUGACAUAAUUUUCUGGAAUUUUCCAAGCUGCUUAAAAGCACAGUUAACUUAGUGUAUGUACAUUUCUGACCCACUGGAAUUGUGAUAUAGUCAAUUAAAAGUUAAACAAUCUGUAAACAAUUGUUGGAAAAAUGACUCAUGUCAUGCACAAAGUAGAUGUCCAGAACAAAUUACCAAAACUAUAGUUUGCUAAUAUUAAAUAUUAAAGUGUUUAAAAAAUGAGUUUUAAUGACUUAAGUGUAUGUAAACUUCUGACUUGUACAUGGUUGCUUUAGUUACUGUGGCUGUUUACAAAUUUAGGUAACACUUUACAAUAAGGUUCCAUUUGUUAACAUUAGUUAACAACAUUAUUUAACAUGAACUAACAAUGGACAGUGCUUUUACAGCAUUUAUUAAUCUUAAUGUUAAUUUCAACACAUACUAAUAAAUUUUUUUUUAAAUCAAAAGUUGUAUGUUAACAUUAGUUAAUGCAGUAUGAACUGCCAUGAACUAACAAAGAACAAUUUCAUUUUAUCAACUUACAUUAACGAUGCUUAAUAAAUGCUGUAAAAAUAUAUUGUUCAUUGUUAGUUCAUGAUACCUAAUACAUUAACUAAUGUUAAUGAAGGGAACUGUAUUGUAAAGUGUUACCCAAAUUUGUCUGGAAUAUAAAUGAUAUACUGUGAAUUUUUAAACAUUAAAGUCUCAGCACUGUUUUGUUAUAA